AUGAAUAUAAAAGAAAACAAGGCUGUGCUGGCCCAGCUACUUGCAGAACUUCAUUCUGUUCCUGACCUGUUUCCAAUUAAAUCUACCCCUCCAAAGCAGAAAAAGACAAGCCGUAGAAGCUUUUCUGAAGGUCCAGUUGAAAGACGCACUAAUCCCACGAGAAGUGCGCGACCACCAGAGAACUUUGCACUGGAAACUUUUACUGCAUCUGCUAUGCAGUUCGCAGAGCAUCUCCAGAAAUAUGGGAAGAAGGCUUUUCAAAGGCGCCCUUUGAGUGAAGUAAGACGGAGAUCGUCAAAAUACAAUUACCGUUCAGUAGAAGAUAUCACAGAGGAGGAGCUGGCGAAUGUCGCAGAUACUGUUAAAGACAAGGUUUACGACAAAAUACUGGGAAGUACUUGUCAUCAGUGUCGCCAAAAAACAGUGGAUACAAAAACUUUCUGCCGCAAUCCUGGCUGUGGCGGGGUCAGAGGCCAGUUCUGUGGGCCCUGUUUACGAAAUCGCUAUGGUGAAGAUGUGAGAGAGGCACUUCUAGACCCUGAUUGGAUAUGUCCCCCAUGUCGUGAGAUAUGCAAUUGUAGCUACUGUCGCAAGAGAGAUGGUCGGUGUGCCACAGGGAUGCUGAUUCACCUGGCCAAAUUUUCUGGUUAUGACAAUGUCAAAGAAUAUCUGGAAAGGUGA